CCGGCUCCAUCUUGUUCGCGGCCGCCGCGGAGCCGCUCCAGUGGGGGGCCCAGGUGUGAGUCAGGGGGCGAAGGUCGGCGCUGGCCGUGUUUGCACGCCCGGCACGGAAGUGGCACCGUCCCUGCGUGUCCCCGUGUCCCGCCCGGCAGUGCCUCCGGCUGGAGCAGCCCCCAGCGUGCUGUGAUGGCACCGGAUGCCUGAGCCCCUCCGGCGGGCACCAGCCAUGGAGACUGUCGUCAUCGUGGCCAUCGGGGUGCUGGCCACCAUCUUCCUGGCGUCCUUCGUGGCGCUGGUGGUGGUGUGCAGGCAGCGCUACUGUCACCCCAAGGACCUGCGCCACCACUACGACACCAAACCCAUCGUGGACCUGAUGGGCACCACGGAGACGCAGUCAGAGCCCUCAGAGCUGGAGCUGGACGACGUGGUCAUCACCAACCCCCACAUCGAGGCCAUCCUGGAGAAUGAGGACUGGGUUGAGGAUGCCUCGGGUCUGGUGUCCCACUGCAUCGCCAUCCUGAAGAUCUGUCACACGCUGACUGAGAAGUUGGUGGCCAUGACCAUGGGCUCGGGUGCGCGUGUGAAAUCCCCAGCCAGCCUGGGGGACAUCAUCGUGGUGGCCAAGCGCAUCAGCCCCAGGGUGGAUGAUGUGGUGAGAUCCAUGUACCCCCCGCUGGACCCCAAACUGCUGGAUGCAAGGGCCGCAGCACUGCUGCUGUCGGUCAGUCACCUGGUGCUGGUGACCCGCAGCGCCUGCCGCCAGCCGGCCGCCCGCCACUGGGUCGAGCGGUCACUGGCGGCCGCCGAGGAGCACAUGGCCGUGCUGCGCCAGGCCGCCAUGGCCACCGAGCCCGAGCGGCCCCCGGGCCCCGCCGAGCCCCCCCGGCAGGAGCAGUCGGCCAUCUGACCCCAAUAAAGGCCCCAUGUGCCCCCAGCCCCGGCGGUUCUGGGAUGAG